AUGAGAGGGGAGGAUCUUCUUGCCUGGAUUUCUGCCGGCUUUACGUUUUACAGUGAGUCAUUUUACAUGGAUCAAAGCAAUACUCUGUUUCUGAUUUGCCUCCAGCAGUUCUCUGACACAGGCAAAAAAGAACAUGUUAAAAUCACGAGCCAGGCCAAGCCAGGGUUCCUGGAGCGGCUCAGCGAGACAUCUGGGGGCAUGUUGGUGGGACUUGUGACAUUUCUCCUGUCUUUCUACCUUCUUUUUACCAAUGAGGGACGAGCUCUGAGGACAGCCAAAUCUCUUGAUGAGGGGCUUUCUCUGGUGGUCCCUCUUCAUAGUAUCCAAGCUGUAUCUCAAGAGAAUGAGGGAAGGCUAGUGCACAUAGCUGGCCCUCUGAGCACAUCAAAGCCUUUAUUUGAUCCCAGCUAUGGACUCUCCAUCCAUGCUGUCAAACUUAAGCGUAAUGUGGAAAUGUACCAGUGGGUAGAAUAUGAAGAUUCCAAGGAAUAUGAAGAGAAUGGUGAAACUAAGAAAGAGACUAAGUACACAUACAAUACUGAAUGGAAAUCAGAAGUUGUGAACAGCAGAAACUUCGAUAGAGAAAUUGGACAUAAAAACCCUAGUGCCAUGGCUGUGGAGUCUUUCACUGCUGUUUCUCCUAACGUCCAGGUUGGCAGCUUUGUUCUUUCUAAAGGUCUGGUGGAUAAGAUUGAUGACUUCAAGCAGCUGAGCUUGUCACACCUUGAGGAUCCACAUGCUGAUGUUACCAGGACAGGAGACUACUUUUACCAUAGUGAGAACCCCAGGCGCCCAGAAGUGGGAGACCUUCGUGUCUCAUUUUUCUAUGCAGGUCUGAGUGGAUAUAACCCCCAUCUGGGCUCAGCUGAUAAGGUGACUGUGGUCGCUCGCCAGCGUGGGGAUCAGCUGAUUCCAUACCACACCAAGUCUGGAGAUGUCCUGCAGAUUCUGUACCCUGGAGACCUCUCUGUGGAGGAGGUGUUUCAAAAAGAGCAUGAGAGCAACACCAUGAAGACCUGGGCCCUUCGUGCAGCUGGUUGGCUGGCAAUGUUUGUGGGCAUCAACUUAAUGACUCGAAUCAUUUACACUUUGGUGGACUGGUUUCCUGUAGUGAGAGACCUGGUUAACGUCGGGUUAAAAGCUUUUGCCUUCUGCGCCGCCAGCUCGUUGUCGCUGCUGACCAUCUCCGUUGGCUGGUUCUUCUACCGCCCGCUCUGGGCCUUGCUCAUCGGGCUGCUCUCGGUGGUCCCCAUCGUGGUCGCAAGGUCUCGCGUUCCGCCCAAGAAGCACCAGUGA